CUACACGCAUACACACACAACAUAACACAAAACCAAGAAAAAAAAAGUGAAUGAAGGAAGAUGGAUGAUUUUAGUAGAAGGCAAGCAAGUAUCAAAAGUGUUUUGACAUGUGGAAUUUGUAACAAGCUAUGUAAAGAUGUAACCAUUGUUGAAGAAUGUUGUCAUAGAUUUUGCAAGAAGUGCAUAACAAGGAAGAUAACAGAAGAGAAAUUGAAAUUUUGUCCAGAGUGCAAUUUGGAUCUAGGUGCUUCCCCCUUGCAGAAAAUUAGGCCUGAUCAUCAUGUGCAAGGGAUUAGAGACAUAAUAUCAGCUAAAAGAAGAGAAUUAAUUGAGAGUGGACUCCUCGAAAAUAAACCGAAAAAAGCAGAACCCAAAAAGUUAGCUCAUGAGGACAUCGAUAUUAAUAGUAGUCCCAAUAUGCUCAUUGAUAGUCCACCAAGACCUUCUCCUCCUCCUCCUCCCGCCAUUGCUUCAAGUUCAAGGAGAAAGGAAAAAUCAAUUUCUUCCAUAGUAAAUACUACACCACCUGUUGUUGAUGAUCAUGAUCAUGCUACGAUUCAGGUUGGAAGAAGAGGAAGAAGAAGAGGGUCGCGAAAUAAUACUAAUGCUAAUGCUGUUGCUCGUUUUCAAGAUUCAUCCAAAUUUAACUAUGUUGUUGAUUUGAAUAAGGGAUAUCCACAGGCAGGAAGUUCAACCAUUCCUCUUCUUUCGAGCAAAACUACUCAACAUAAACAACAGAUAAAGGGAGAUCAGUCAGGAAGUUCAAGCAGUACUACUCUUCUUUCAGGCAAAGCUACUCAACAUAAACAACAGGUUGAGAGUUCUGCUUAUGCUGCUGAAUCCUCAAAGAAAAAUAAAAGUGUUAAACCAUUGGAUGGGAUGAAUGACCUAUGGGAACCAUUGCACAAAUUGUUAACAAAAGGUGCCACAUUGGACUUGAAUUCCAACAAAUCCAAGUCUAAAGAGCCUGUUCCAAAAUUCACCACCCCAAUACCAAUCAAUCUUGACGAUGAUGAAGAUGAGAAUGGUGAUGAUGAUGAAGAAGACGAGGAGUAUGUUCCUACUCGCAAAAUUAAGGAACACAAAGUUGGCAAACAUAAUGUUGUUCAAAAAUCAAAUGUUGUUGUUCCGCCACCAGCAGCAACACCACCACCAACAUCACCAACACCAAUGCCAUCAAGUAGUACUAAUGAUAAAGGGAAAGGGAAAAAAGGACGCCGUGGCAGAAAGAAAAAAGAAACAAAUAACCCUCUUCCUCCUCCGUCUCCUCCUCAUGCUGAUGCUGAUGGAUCAAAUAUUAAUGUGGCAAAAGUUCAAGUUAUUAAUGAGGCAGCAUCAGCAGCUACAAGCAGUGGUAAUACUAGAGUACUGAAUGAAAGAGUCCAUCCCAUUUGGUUCACUUUGGUUGCAUCUGAUAAUCAAAAAUGUUCUUCACCGUUACCACAGAUUCCUACCCGCUUCAUAAAGAUCAAGGAUGUAAACAUGCCGUCUUCCUACAUAAUGAAGUACCUUGCGAAAAAACUGAAUCUCCAGAGCCAGGACGAGGUUGAAGUUCGCUUGUUAGGAAUGCCGAUUCGUCCUAAUUUGCCUCUGCAUCAUCUAGCAGAGCUGUGGUUACAUGCAGCACCUACUGCUGAAAAAACAGUAAAAGUUGGAGCUUCUGCGGAAGAAUUUGUGAUGGUUUUGAAAUAUGGUCGUAGCCUAAAUUAAUUAGGCCUCAGUCUAAUUGACCAUUAACAAGAAUUAGUGUACUAUAUUUCAGUUUCUCCUUUUGCUUAAAUAUUAAUAUUUAAGCAAGGAGAAAACUUCUUGUUGCCUGUUCUUAAUUACCUUUGUAUGUUUUUUGUAAACUUGGAUGCUUUUGAGUUACUUGUUUUGUACACUAUAUGUUGUUUUUCAAGAAUUGUGUGUUUUGCCCGCAAGGCAUAGUUGAGUGGUUGAGAGAUGGGUUUCCGAUCCGCGUGGGAAACCAGGGAUCAAAUCCGAUCUCAUCUGUUGCUCAACCAUGAGCUCACGUAGGCUUGCCUAGUGUGGUUUGCAUAACCUGUGCAGUUUGCGAAUUAUUGCACAGUAAGUAGAUUACCACAAAG